UACGCUUCUCCCCCCGCGACGAAGAAAACCUUCCUUCGCCGCCGCUCGCUCCCGGCGUCUCGUCCCCUCGGCGUUGCUCUCGCUCUCCCCUCUCCUCUCCUCGAGCGAGUUCGCCCGCCGACUGCGCCGCUGCUGUCUCCUCUGCAUUCCUCACUGUUUUGGGAUUCAACUCAACUAUGUCCCGAUCGGCCACUGCUGUGUGCGUGAGGUUCAGACCACUGAGCCACAAGGAGAGGAAGGCUAAUGGUGAUAAGGUCUGCUUCAAGAGAUUGGAUUCGGAGUCCUUUGUUUUCAAGGAUGAGAGGGAAGAGGAUGUCAUAUUCAGCUUUGACAGGGUGUUUUAUGAAGAUUCGGAACAGUCUGAUGUCUAUAACUUCCUUGCCGUGCCAAUUGUUGCAGAUGCUAUCAGUGGAAUAAAUGGGACUAUAAUUACUUAUGGUCAGACUGGAGCCGGAAAGACAUACAGCAUGGAGGGGCCAAGCAUCUUGCAUUGCAAUAAGCAGAAAACCGGACUAAUCCAGAGAGUUGUUGAUGAGCUUUUUCAAUCUCUACGAUCAUCAGAAAGCAUAGCUAUGUGGAGUGUGAAGUUGUCGAUGGUGGAGAUAUAUUUGGAAAAAGUAAGGGACCUUCUUGACUUGUCCAAAGACAACCUACAAAUCAAGGAGAGUAAAACUCAAGGGAUCUACAUUUCUGGAGCAACAGAAGUGUCCAUCAUGAGUAGUUCAGAUGCUCUGGAGUGCCUUUCUGAAGGGAUUGCCAACAGAGCUGUUGGAGAAACACAAAUGAACCUGGCCAGCAGUAGAAGUCACUGCUUAUACAUUUUUUCAGUUCAACAAGGAUCUACUUCUGAUGAGAGGGUGAGAGGGGGGAAGAUUAUUCUUGUUGAUUUAGCUGGGUCAGAGAAGGUUGAGAAAACUGGUGCUGAAGGACGAGUUUUUGAUGAGGCGAAGACAAUCAAUAAAUCUCUCUCAGCUCUUGGGAAUGUUAUCAAUGCUCUAACUACUGGUAAACAGAAUCAUGUACCUUAUCGUGACUCAAAGCUUACGCGGAUUCUUCAAGAUGCACUGGGUGGCAACUCAAGAGCCGCAUUGCUGUGCUGUUGUUCCCCCAGUGCCUUGAAUGCACCCGAAAGCCUGUCCACUAUUCGCUUCGGAACGAGGACGAAGCUCAUAAAGACUUCACCCAAAUCAACCUCUCCUGAAGUGGAUAGCGUCAAGACUGCAUCGAAAUCAACCUCUCCUGAAGCAGAUAGCGUCAAGACUGCAUCGAAAUCAACCUCUCCUGAAGCAGAUAGUGUCAAGAAGCCUAUCCUUGAUUCUCAUGACCAAAAUGAUAUGCGUGACCAGAUUCUGAGCAAGCUAAGGUUGAGCCUGAAGGAGGAAGAUGUGGAUCUGCUGGAGGAACUGUUCGUGCAGGAAGGCAUCAUCUUCGAACCUGACUACUCCAUGGCAGACAUUGACUCCGUCUGCCAAGACGUCGUGAGCCAGGAGAUCUCACUGCUCACACAAGCAGUUGAGGAGCUGAAAGAAACCGUCGAAGAGCUUACCGAUGAGAACGAGAGGCUGAGAGGUGAACUCGAGCUCGCGCAGGAGACCGCCACUCAAGUUCAGGCUCAGCUCGCUGCCGCGCAGGCUGACGGCACCCUGUUUGGUUUCAUGCCGGCGGCCGCCAUCAGCUACCUCCUCCGACCCUUUGGGCUCGUACCAGACUGAAGAAGACGAGAGGCAACGUCACACAUGAAUACAUGAUACGUUCUGCUGCCAUUUCUGACAUACAGUAACAGUAGGAACGAAGAACGAAAACUAAUGGGAUCGAUUGAUCUCCGUACUCAUCUUUAUCAUUGUGAUUGUGAUUGUGAUUAUUGGGUAGUACUUGCUACAGAAGAAACAUUGCCAGUGAUCUAUCUGAGUUUUGUCAUUACGAGAAGGAAAUGUAAUACACAUGAUCGGAUGGAAAUGCCCCCGGUUGUUUUUUUGCUUUGAAUAUGUUAUGAAAUUUCAUCUUCUUAUCGUCCGGAUUACUUCGACAAUUUCGAA